UGAUUUUUUUCUCUCCAAAGAAUGAGACUGUGUUAAUUUGGGAAUUUAACAGCAAUUAUGAUGAUGAUGGAUUCGGAUACUUUGCGCUUACUGAGUCCUGUCAGUGCAGAGGCUCGUGAUGGAAAAGUGCAGCGGCUGAACACGAUCCCUUUGGUCUUGGUGCAGAAGAUCAUCGCGGUCGCUCUUGUCACGGGAGUGUACUUGUUGCCCCAUCUGUGCGACCGACUGAAGUGCAAUUAUCCCGAAUCAUCGAUCGUCGUCUUUCUUCACGUCGCCGCCUACGUCUUGCACUCGGAAUUCUGGUGUCAUCUGUCCAGCAUUCCUGGAAAGGGAUUGAUGAUGACGAGGACGACUUCCUUCCGGUCUCACGAUUUCGUGCCAUUAUCUCGUCGAAGAUCAUUUUCUCUGCACUUGGUUCAUGUGGUCGUGGAGUACCUGCACGCGAAGCAUCGUCAGCUUGGGUAUCUGGGGUUUGCUGAGGAGACGAAGCUGUUGCGACGAUUGCCGGUUGUCAUGUAUGCCUUUGGUACACUGGGAUUGCUGAUUACGCAGACGGUGCUCAUCGACGAGAAUAACACAGGGUUGUCGCCGGUGGGUUUCCUGAGAAGGCGGGUGUCGCUUUUCGGCGUCAAGCUCGCCCGUGUGGAAUUCGUGCGAUCGCAAACGGAAGCAUUAUUGAGCAAACAAGCGGACAAGAUCGAGUAUCUGGAGGACCAUAACAAACGAAUGGGACAGAAGUUGGUUGACCUGACUCAACGGUACCGAAACGACGUUUCCUUGGGACAAGCUUCAACUUAUAUAAAACAACAAAAGGAAAAGGCCGUGCGAUCGCAAACGGAAGCAUUAUUGAGCAAACAAGCGGACAAGAUCGAGUAUCUGGAGGACCAUAACAAACGAAUGGGACAGAAGUUGGUUGACCUGACUCAACGCAUGGCUUUGCUGCAAAGGAACCCUGUUCGAAGUUGA